AAUGAGUAAACACAAGCAUAGAAGAACCUAAUCAAAUUCAGAAGUUGAUUUAAGAAAUGCUUUAUGUCAAUAAGAUGAUAAGAAACACUUCAUUGAGAUAUUUAAUCAUGUAUUCAAUAAUUUCAUUUUUAUUAAUAGGCAUCACACAUUUAACCUUAAAUUCCAGAAAAAGAAGUUAUAAUUGAAAAAUUAGAAGAUGAUUAUGCAAUGCAACAUCUCAAAGAGAAUUGCGGUUUAACAUUUGGUAAUUCCAAAAAAAAAUCAAAUUUUGGAUCAUAUUAACCAAACAAUCUAUUUUUGAUACCUGAAUAGAAUGAUUUGUUAUCAAGUGUUGAAUAAACCUAAGAAUCAGGUAAAAAGUUGACUUCAGGAAUUAAAUUGAAUGUGAAUACUUAAAAAAGAUAAACAUAUAGUGUUGAAUAAAAAAAUAAUAAUGAUCAAAAAGAGAAUUUAAAAAAUGAACACAAUAGAUAAAAUUCAACAUUAAUAAGUUAAAUAGUAUAAAUAUACAUUUAAAAUAUAGUAAGCUUAAUUAAGAGAUGUUACUCAUUUGAUGAAUAGUGAUAAAUUAGAUUUAUUCAAUAAAAUGAGUUUUACUAAAGAACUACAAAAGAAAACUACAGUUUUACCUGUUCAAGUUCCAUUUAGUCAUUAAACAACAUUAUAACCAUCCUUAAAUCAUAAUUAUUCUCAAUAAUAAUAAUCUUAAUCUUAACAUUAAUAGGCAUCAAAUCAAAUCUAAAAUAAUAUACUCUAAUAAUAAAAUCUUAAUAUAUAAUCCUAAUAAUUAAUUCAUCAAAAUUCUUAAAAAAAUGUUACUAAACAUACUAUAACUCCUGAUAGAAAAAGAACUCCUUCAAUGGCAAUUAAUAAACCAUCAGGAAUAGAAGCACCAUUCUAAAAAUCUGAUAAAUCAAUUAAUGAAAGUGAAAAAUUAAAAAAUAAUCUUUCAGUCUCGAUUUUUAAUAAUCUCUUUCAAUAAAAUAAAAAAAUUUCUAUUAGUCAUAUUGCAAAUAAACCAGAUUAAUAAAAUGAUUCUUUUAGAAAAUUAGAAACAUAAAUGAAAAAAAUUGAAAGAGAAUUAAUGUCAUUAAAAUAGAGAUAAGAUUAACAGGAUGAAAUAAAUAAAACUAUACAAUAAUAACUAUAAUAAGUUAUUCAUGAUAGUAGAAAAUAAAGAGAAGUAUCAAUUUAAAUAUAUCAAAGUAAGGUCAUUUGUCCUUAAAAAAGUUGGAGUAGCUAGAAAUGAUUACUAGGAGAAAUGAAGAAUCCAUUAUGUACUUAAGGUAAACUUUAGGUGGUCAUAAGAGAAUAGAUUCAACAACACAUUAAACGUAUAAUAUUUUAUAAUUAUUAAGUGAUUCCACUGAAUUAAGUGAUUAACAUAGAAGAUUUACUGAUUUGAAGAGUUUAAACAGAUAUAUUUGA